AUGCACCACAGAGGGAUGUCCCAACACGACGUCCGAGCCGAGGCCAACGAGAACGUUGAGAAGAGGGAGGAGCCUCUGGAUCUAGAUAUCGGAGUGGCGAAGGACAACCCGGAAGAGGGCUCAAAGGUGGUGGGUAGAGCAGGAACGAUCGUCCUCCCCGAAAUCGCAGACACAGGAGUGCACGAUGCUCUCCGCCGCUCCCUACUCCUCUUCUCCGCCUCGCUCUCGCUCCAUUUCUCCCUUCCCAUUUCGUCCCUCCUCUCUCCUGCGGGGGCGAACUCUAAGUUGAUCCUAUGGCCUCUCCUUAUCUCAGCAGAUGUGAAAGUCGUAUGCGACCCGUUUGUCCGAAUCGAGCACGGCCUCGCGGAAACACGCUUGGAGGGCGGCGAGAAGGAAAGGGAGGCUCGUGAAGCAGGCUUUCCCUCUGGAUUGGCAUCUCCCGCUGUGAUAUUGACGGUGGAGGAACGCGAACGCGAACGCACGAGCGAGGAGAUAGAGAAUCGGCGUGAGUUGAAGUUGAAUGAAGAGCGUGGCGCGAGGGGCGAUCGCGCCUUCGUUUUCUUGUUUAUGGGUGUGCCGGUGGCAUCUGUCGGCUCGCGCGUCGUAGUGAUACUCGUAGCACCACUCAUGGCAUUGGAUGCUGUGACGGGUGUAGUUCUCGUCCGGGUCGUAGCAGAAGCCGAGGAAGCAGGUAGCUCCGACACGUUGACGAUAGCAUCCUCAGGGAAUCGAACCGAGAAGCGCGCACGCGCACGCUUCAGCGCCGGUGUUGCACAGAUCAAUGGUCUGGAGGGCGCGAUAUCUAAAAUUGCACCGAUCGGCGCAGACGUGGAUGCCGACGUCGAGAUCGACACAGCCGGUGCCGAAAUGGACGUUGUUGUCAUCGACUCUGACCUGCGUCGGCGUGAGGAUGGGCUAAAAGCAGACUUCACCCGUGCACUUAUGGUGGCAAACUUAAAGUGCAUUGUCCCAGGGGCGAAGCACGGGCCUCUGGAGUUGAGAGAAGUGGGGUUUGUCCUGGUAGGGCGUGCUGGGAGUGACUGUAUGCGCGACACUGUCCUCCAAAAAAAAACGGCUUUUGGGUUCUCUGCGACGCGAGGAAAACGACGAGAAGAAAGGCGCACUAGCAUCAUGCGAAACGCAUUCUAG